GGGACCGCAGCCACGUCUGAAAGCGCCUCAUUGUGUGCGCUCGGGCGGGCUACACCGGGCAGCGCCGAGGGUUGCUGGCCGGCGCGCAGGGAGUACAGGGCACAGGCCGCAGUGCCGCGUCCCAGAGGGAGCUCUGCGCCGGGUCCUUCCCUGUGGUAGCCCCAGGACACCCCCAUCCUCAACAUCCCAUUCUGGGACUCCUGCCCUGUUCCCAGAUUCGUUCUGCCUCGAGUCUCCAGGAGCUUCCAGUGGCUUGGUCACGCCCGACUCCCGUCCAUGCCUCUUAGAGCCCCUUUCCCGGCCUCCCCGGGUGUCCCUUAAUAGUCUUGGGACCUUAAGGAGCAAGUGAGACCCUGCGGACCCUCCCAGUGAAGAGAAAGAGCUGGCUGUUCGGUGGAACUUGGAAGAGACGACGUCUGGUAGAUUUGCUGAGCCCAGGAAGAGAAGCGUCCUUCUCCCUGCCGCUCCAGGUCGGACAGACACGCCAAGCUUUGAGGUGCUGAGGAACCUCUAGUCAUCUCCCAUGGAUCUGUGAUCAGCGUUGCAGCUCUCCCAGCAGCUCUGGACAGUGGCCCCCAGCAGUCAGCAUGUGGCUGCCGCGCGUCUCCAGCACAGCAGUGACCGCGCUCCUCCUGGCGCAGACCUUCCUGCUCCUCUUUCUGGUUUCCCGGCCAGGGCCCUCGUCCCCAGCUGGCCACAAGGAGCGUGUGCAUGUGCUGGUGCUGUCCUCGUGGCGCUCGGGCUCGUCCUUCGUGGGCCAACUCUUCAACCAGCACCCCGACGUCUUCUACCUAAUGGAGCCCGCGUGGCACGUGUGGACCACCCUGUCGCAGGGCAGCGCCGCAACGCUGCACAUGGCCGUGCGCGACCUGGUGCGCUCCGUCUUCCUUUGCGACAUGGACGUGUUUGAUGCCUAUCUGCCUUGGCGCCGCAACCUGUCCGACCUCUUCCAGUGGGCCGUGAGCCGUGCACUGUGCUCGCCACCUGCCUGCAGUGCCUUUCCCCGAGGCGCCAUCAGCAGCGAGGCCGUGUGCAAGCCACUGUGCGCGCGGCAGCCCUUCAGCCUGGCCCGGGAGGCCUGCCGCUCCUACAGCCACGUGGUGCUCAAGGAGGUGCGCUUCUUCAACCUGCAGGUGCUCUACCCGCUGCUCAGCGACCCCGCGCUCAACCUGCGCAUCGUGCACCUGGUGCGCGACCCACGGGCCGUGCUGCGCUCCCGGGAGCAGACAGCCAAGGCUCUGGCGCGUGAUAACGGCAUCGUGCUGGGCACCAACGGCACGUGGGUGGAGGCCGACCCCGGACUGCGCGUGGUGCGCGAGGUGUGCCGUAGCCACGUACGCAUCGCCGAGGCUGCCACACUCAAGCCGCCACCCUUUCUGCGCGGCCGCUACCGCCUGGUGCGCUUCGAGGACCUGGCGCGGGAGCCGCUGGCAGAAAUCCGUGCGCUCUACGCCUUCACUGGGCUGAGUCUCACGCCACAGCUCGAGGCCUGGAUCCAUAACAUCACCCACGGAUCUGGACCUGGUGCGCGCCGCGAAGCCUUCAAGACUUCGUCCAGGAAUGCGCUCAACGUCUCCCAGGCCUGGCGCCAUGCGCUGCCCUUUGCCAAGAUCCGCCGCGUGCAGGAACUGUGCGCUGGUGCCCUGCAGCUGCUGGGCUACCGGCCUGUAUACUCUGAGGACGAGCAGCACAACCUCGCUCUUGAUCUGGUGCUGCCACGAGGCCUGAACGGCUUCACUUGGGCAUCGUCCACUGCCUCGCACCCCCGUCAUUAGUGGAGGCCACAAUUGUAGCGGGCGCUAGGCCUGGGAGGAGAGUGCAUGGUGCAGAGGGGGCUGGGGUGCACGGAGAAGCAGGUCCCUAUAUUGACCAAGGAGUUUGUGGUACCCUCCCCCCAAAGUAGGCAAGGACUGCACGUUUCUUUCUUUCUUGAUUCUUGGUUUUCCUUUGAGUCCUCUAGAGCUGCCUUCUCAUCAGGUGCACUCAUCAUGGAAAGUAACUCUUGCCCCGCCUCCUCUGGGCACAGGGUGUGCGUUCAGAUAACUUGGCUCCUACUCAAGGGCUUUCUUCCCCUUUAACUCUCUCCUUCUGGGGACACAUCCUGCAGCAGCUGAGGGGGUGCCCUAGCACUGGCUGGGAGUGGAGAGGCUGUGGUGAUCUGGCUCCAGAGGUCUGUGCAUCACAUACACAUGCACACAUGGCAAAACUUGGAAGUGAAAGGACUUGUGUGAAAUCCCAUGGUGAGAAGGAGGAUGAAGGGAGGAGAGAGCUUUUGCUCUGGGGCUCCAGUGGGUAGGAGAGGACCUGCCUCCUGGGUGAGAAGGGUCAGAUUUUCCCAUUUUAGUUGCUUUAGGGAAGAGCAAGCAGAGUCAUGACCAGGGACACAGCUGAGAGAUAGAGGAGGCUGUGAAUGCUGAGACCAGAGCUUAUCAUCCUGGACAAGCCUGGAAGGAGGCAAUAAGUGGGAAAGGUAGGAGGAGAGAAGGCUGGGGAGGGCUGGGCAGCAAGCCAGGCACAGUGAGUGGCAGAGCAAGAGGGGAAAGCAGGAUCAGUGCCUGGAAGGCAGGUGUGCCCGUCAGGGGGGAGUGGAACUCAUCAGGCUUGCCGAGAGGUUGAAAGGGAAAUGGCUGUGGGCUGGAACUGUCUUCCCUUGGUCCUUCUGGGCCAGGCCUUGGAGGAAAGCAGAAGAUGAUCCCUGCCUGUGAGCCACACCUCUUAGCUCUGGGGGCAAAGGGGCUUAGUAAAGGAAUGCUUGAUGUGUAGAGGGUUUAGUCCCGAGCUCGGGAAAUGAGAGCCAGUAAGUGUCCAGUACGUGUUUAAAAGAAAAGCUCACGGAACCUCUGGAAAGGACAGGGAAGUUGAGUUAGCCACAUAAAUGAACCCAAGUCACAUUGGAACACAGAGCUGGUCUGGGAACUGUGUUGGCUGCCACCAGAACUUCUGACCUUGUUACUUGUGAAAUGAGGUAGUUUCCCUCACGCUUGCCAUCAGCUACCAGGAGGGACGCUGGUGGUCACUAGCUUCUGAUCCUUAUCCUGGGUGUGGCCACAGAUUGGGGGAACCUGGAUUGUGGAGUCACAUACUCCCUGCAAAGCAAGCAGGGCAAGGGAGUUCUGGCAUUUUUUGCUUUACGUAGAGGGAGAAGAGGCACAUUAGCCGUGAAGCUGAAGCUCAUUUUAGGUUCCUUCCAGCUUUAGAAGCUUCAGCCAAAUGAAACUUGAAUCUGUCUCUUGUGACAAUAAUAGGAAGAAGGUAUUUAAAACCCCAGAUUUAUGAAUGUGUACUACGUGGCUUAGAGAAUGUCUUUGUUCUUGUUCAGGUGGUUAUAACAAAAUACCUUAAGAGUGGGUAACUUGGCUGGAUGCAGUGGCUCAUGCCUGUAAUCCCAGCACUGUGGGAGGCCGAGGUGGGUGAAUCACCAGAGGUCAGGCAUUCAAGAACAGCUUGGCCAACAUGGCGAAGCCCCUCCUCUACUAAAAAUACAAAAUUAGCGAGGCGUGGUGGCAUAUACCUGUAAUCCCAGCUACUCGGGAAGCUGAGGCAGGAGAAUCGCUUGAACCCAGGAGGCGGAGGUUGCAGUGAGACAAGAUCAUGCCAUUGCACUCCAGCCUGGGUGACAGAGCAAGACUCCAUCUCAAAAAAAAAAAAAAAAAAAAAGACCGAGUUACUUAUAAACAAAUGUUUUUCUCACGAGUCUGGAGACUGGGAAGUCCAAGAUCAAGCCACCAGUGUUUUCUGAUGAGGGCCCACUUUUUCACAGACAGUGCCUUCUAGCUGUGUCCUCUUAUGGUAGAAGAUGGGAGGCAGCUCUCCAGGGCCAUUUUUGGUUGUUUGUUUGAGAUGGAGUCUGGCUCUGUCACCCAGGCUGGAGUGCAGUGGCACAAUCUCGGCUCACUGCAACCUCUGCCUCUCUCUGCCUCCUGGGUUCAAGCAAUUCUCCUGCCUCAGCCUCCUGAAGAGCUGGGACUACAGGCAUGCACCACCAUGCCCAGCUAAUUUUUGUAUUUUUGUAGACACUGGGUUUCACAGUAUUGGCCAGGUUGGUCUCAAACUCCUGACCUCAAGUGAUCUGCCCACCUCAGCCUCCCAAAGUGCUGGGAUUACAGGCAUGAGCCACUGUACCCAGUCUCCAGGUCCUUUUAAAGAAUGUCACUAAUCCCAUUCUUGAGGUCUCCACCCUCAUUAUCUAAUCACCUCCCAAAGCCUCCACCUCCCUACACCAUCAUAUUGUGGGUUAAGAUGUCAACCACAAGCCAGGCGUUGUGGCUCAUGCCUGUAAUCCCAGCAUUUUGGAAGGCUGAGGCAGGUGGAUCACUUGAGGUCAGGAGUUUGAGACCAGCCUGGCAACAUGGUGAAACCCCAUCUCUACUAAAAAUAAAAAAAAUUAGCCGGGUGUGGUGGUGCACACCUCUAAUUCCAGCUACUCAGGAGACUGAGGCAGGAGAAUCCCUUGAAUCCAGGACGCGGAGAGUGCAGUGAGCUGAGAUAAUGCCACUGCACUCCAGCCUGGACAACAGCAUCCCCAACAAGCUUCAUUUGCCCCUGUUUAGGUCACAAGUUUUAUUGAUGGCUGCAAUUAAUGGCCUCUUUGUAUCCAAGUCCUUUGCUGUAUGACCCAUCCAUUCUCCCCUGACUCCCAAGGUGUCAGGACAUGCUUGACUGGCUCCUGAAUUUGCUCUCUGCACGUUGGCAGUACAGUCAACCCUCACAGUGAACUCAGGUCAGCUUUCAGGACAAAGAAAGUGGCCUGGCUGACUAGGCACAGUGAAGCCAAGGCCGGGUAGGUACAUACUUGUGCUGAUCACGUAUGUCUUAUAUCUCUGUGAGAGUGCAGUCCCAAUAGGAAGGUUUAAUCACUGGGGACUGCCCAAUGCUGUGACAGGGCACAGAGCUCUGGGUUGCUGUGGGGGUGACUGCAUUGACCACUGUUAGUGGUUUGCUGUAUUGACACUCUGGGCUGUGUAACCAUGGCUCGUGCCAUCAAGAAGUGGAGUCUGUUUCUCCACCUCUGAAUCCAGGCUGGUCCUGUGACUUGCUUUGUCCUGUAGACGAGUGUAGUGCAACUUCCUGUGAGCCAGUUUCAAGCAUAGGCCUUGGAGGCAAAGCUUUACCUCCACCUGUCUUAGGUUUUCAGCUGGGGCUCUGCUAUGGUUUGAUUGUGUCUCCCAAAGUUGGAACCUUGAGCCCCAGUGUUGUGAGGUGGGGCUUAAUAAAAAGUAAUUAGGCCAUGCGGGUUAUGCCCUUGUGAAUGGGUAGAUAACAUUAUUUCUGGGCCCAGGCGUGGUAGCUCAUGUCUGUAAUCCCAGCAUUUUGGGAGGUUGAGGUGUGCAGAUUACUUGAGGUCAGGAGUUUGAGACCAGCCUGGCCAACAAGGUAAAACACCAUUUCUACUCAAAAUACAAAAAUUAGCCAGGUGUGGUGGCUCAUGCCUCUAAUGCCAGCUACGUGGGAGGCUGAGACAGGAGAAUCGCUUGAACCCAGGAGGCAGAGAUUGCAGUGAGCUGAGAUCGCACCACUGUACUCCAGCCUGGGCAACAAAGCAAGACUCUGUCUUUAAAAAAACCACCAUUAUUUCAGGAGUGAGUUGGUUAUCCUGAGAGUGGUGCCUUUUAAAUGAAGGAGUUCAUUCUUUCUGUGUCUUUCUCUCGCCCUCACUUUGCCCUUCUGCCAUAUGAUGUCUUCCAUCGUGCUAGGACACAGCAAGAAGGCUCUCGCUAGAUGCUGGCUCCUUGAUCUUGGGCUUCCCAGCCUCCAGAACUGCAUAAUCUGAGCUGACGCCUGUGCUUUCCUCCACCUGAAGAGAACCUGCGUGCUGCUCCUUUGCUUCGGACCGCCACCUCUGCCCGGGAGAAAGCCCAGGCCAGCCUGCUGGACAAGCAGGGACCGUGAGAAGGAGAGUUCAGGUGUCCCAAUCCAGGCCAUCCUAGACCAGCCAGCCCCUCAUGAGCCCCAUCUGAUCAGCACGCAGCCAUUUUGGCUACCUUCUGCUGGCCAAAGGGAGUCGCAGGGUUCACCCAGAUUCAGAGGUGGGGAAACUGAGUCCACCACUUGAGAAGAGUAGCUAUAGAGACAUAUGAGCGAGACCAGCUGAGCCCAGCACUGCGGCCAAGUCGAAGACUUUAGGAGCAAUAAAAGUGCUUAUUGUGUUUCAGUCAUUUGAGUCUUGCGGUGGUUUGUUACGUAGCAUUGCCUAACCAAGACACUUGAGAAUGGAGGGCUCCUGGCACCUGCAGCUUCCAAUUUCCACCAGGGUCCAGGCCCCCUCCCUGCUGGUAGGGCUGUAAUUAGUCUCUCCCCCUUACCUGUAGGCCCUGUGAUGCAGCUGGAAGUGUCUAGGCCCAGCAGUCACCCACAAUUAGGGGCAGGCAUGCUUGCUGCCUCUGUGUGGCUGUGGGAUCUCAGGAGGGGCAAUCAAAGCACUAGAUGGGCUUAUGGGUGCAUAGGAACAGUGUUGCCUGGAAUAGGUCAGAGAACCCACCCACUCUCAAGAGGCUGUUGGGGAAUCAGUGGUGGGCCUUAUUUUUGUUAUUUUGCAAUCAAGAAGAUGUAUUAUCCACAUCAACACUGUGUCAACUCGUCAUGGCCACCACAGACCCUGUGUCCCCUAGCUUUGCCUUUGAUGUGCCUUUGUCACCCACUCCUACAGACCGCGGUCCCCAGCGCCACAACUGCCCCAUCACCUCUACAGGGUUAAAUCAAUUGUUUUAAUUUUUGCCUACCUGAUGGGUGAAAAAUGUUACUUGAUGUUUUAAUCUGCACUUCUUUAAUUCCUGGGGCAGCUGAACAUCUUUUCAUGCUUAUUAAUCAACUGUAUUCCUUUUUUAUUGUUCAAGGCCUUUGCCCAUGUUGCUGUUGACUUGCUGCAGCCUCUUUUGAGUAUGCUGUUAUUUUUGUUGUGCCAAUGGUUUCUCCUAGCUUGUCAUCUGUUUUUUUGUUGUUGUUGUUUUGUUUUGUUAACUUUAUGGCAUUUUCCCCUCAGCCUUCUUAAAAAAAAGAAGCUUCAUUGAGCUAUAAUUGAUAUACAACAUCACAUAAAGUGUAAAGUUUGAUUAAACAUUUGUAUAUACCUGUGAAAUCAAAUCACCACCUCAUCACAAAUUCCAAAAAGUUUCACCUAGUUUAUCAUAUUGUUGGAUGUGAAUCCUUUCCUUAUGGCCAGUGGAUUUUGUGUCUUGUCCAAACGACUUUGUCCUCCUACAGUGAUAAAAAUGGUCUUCACGCUUGCUUCCA